ACACACUGAAACACACACACACUGAACCACUCUCUCACACACACACACACACUGAAGCAGUGCAGCACUCCCACAGAGAUCAGUGCGCGUCAGUAACACUCGGUGGAUGAGAUGUGGGAUAAAGUGAGAGCACACUGCGACUGAUCACUGAAAUAUUAAUAAAACGCGACUUUUCUGUUUUUGUUUUUUUGUUUUUUUGUUUUUUGGAUAAACAGAAGAACACAUCGCUUCAGGAUCGGAGAUCAGAAGUAACUUAAAGUAAAGGUGCAUCACAAAAUUCCAAAGGAACCUCAGAAACCCUCAUCUGCAUCUCAUCCAGUGCUGCAAGACAGAAUGAAGCCCAUGUGGCUGGUGAUUGUGCUCCUGACAGGCUGCUGUUGGGCUUCCCGUUUCAGUCGUGACUCAACCCAAGUUGCACUCGGCCAGGUUCCCAAUCAGGAGUUGGAGAGCACAGCCUGGAAUGGCUCCAAUGCAGAGCAGUCUGGGUCAAGGAACUCGCACCGCAUCCCGUUCCCGCCUAUGUGCGUCAGACCCAGUGAGAUCAAGCACACGUUUAAGUACAUCAACACCGUCAUAUCCUGCAUGAUUUUUGUGGUGGGCAUUAUCGGAAACUCAACACUGUUGCGUAUCAUCUACAAGAACAAAUGCAUGAGGAAUGGGCCUAAUGUGCUGAUUGGCAGCUUAGCUUUAGGAGAUCUUCUCUACAUCCUCAUUGCCAUCCCAAUCAACGUGUUUAAGCUGCUGGCAGAAGACUGGCCAUUUGGUGUGUACAUCUGCAAGCUCAUGCCGUUCAUCCAGAAAGCCUCAGUGGGAAUCACAGUUCUUAGCCUUUGUGCCCUCAGUAUUGACAGAUAUCACGCCGUGACCUCGUGGAGCCGAGUGAAGGGGAUUGGGAUUCCGUUAUGGAAAGCCGUGGAAGUAACACUCAUCUGGCUACUGUCAGUGAUUCUAGCAGUGCCUGAGGCUUUGGCCUUUGACAUAAUGGAGACAUUUUACAGAGGCCAGAAACUGCGGGUGUGCUUGCUUCAUCCUGUACAGACCACACAGUUUCUGCAGUUUUAUCAGGAUAUAAAGGACUGGUGGCUGUUUGGCUUUUACUUCUGUUUACCGCUGGCCUGCACUGGUGUCUUCUAUACCCUUAUGUCAUGCGAGAUGCUGAAAAGGAAGAAAGGAAUGCGCAUCGCCCUCAAUGAUCAUAUGAAGCAGCGACGGGAGGUGGCUAAAACCGUAUUCUGCCUCGUGGUAGUCUUCGCUCUCUGCUGGCUGCCCCUGCAUCUCAGCCGCAUCCUGAAAAAGACUAUCUACAAUCCCAAUGACCCCAACCGCUGUGAGCUCCUAAGCUUCCUUCUUGUGAUGGACUACAUCGGCAUCAAUAUGGCCUCCCUCAACUCAUGCAUCAACCCUGUGGCUCUCUACUUUGUCAGUCAGAAGUUCAAAAAUUGUUUCAAGUCAUGCCUCUGUUGCUGGUGCCAGAGGAAUUCUCCAGCCAUUGAGCAGGGCUCAGGAGUCCGCUGGAAAGGGUCAAGUCAUGGUAAUGGUCUGGAUCGGUCCAGCUCGCGGUCUAGUCAGAAGUACAGUUCCUCCUAAAUACUCCAUGAUACCUGAGGUUCCUGGGCUUAGCAGCAACCAGGUUUGCCCUCAUCAGCAGCAACCACAUCAUCGAUUCCCAUCACUCCUGAGGACCCAAACUGCCAUUGAUUCUCAUUUCAAAACUACACUGUGGCCAGGACAGCUGAGCAGAGUCACCAAAUCUCUUCUGUUCAAGAAGAUUUCCAGCACAAAGAAUACAUGUACAGGUUAAAUCACAGACUGGAUGAGUGUUGUAAGUUAUCUAAGUCGCUUGUAGCCCAUGCAGGCUGGAUCCUGGAUGGCUACACUUUAGGGGACUUUAGGAGCCCAUGAUGAGACUGAAAUACUGAGACUGCACUGGAGGGAGAGUAAAGCACCACGUGUUUCUAGUGUCCAUCUAUACUUUAGAGAAAGCUUAGGAACUUCCAUAAAACAAAUGAAGUGUGGCUGGUGGAACAGCACUGAUGAUAUGUACUUGUACUUGCCAAUUUGUAGCAAUAACAAGUCAUAAAAGAAAGUACUGUGUAAAACACUAUCUGCAACACUAAUGGCAUAAAUGGCGCAAGCUGUAUUAUUAUAGUAUUUUAGGAAGUUGUAGCGCAGAUCUGUAAUGAACAUGACUCACUGCAGUGAACAUCUGCAUCAACAUCUCAUCUAUAUGGCAGUGUAACUGAUUUGCCUACUACUAAAGGAAAUGUGCAAACUACUGGAUAUAAGCAAGGUACAUCUUUCCAAGUUCUUUCAAACAUGGGAGUCCAGUGAACCCAUCGAAAGUGAAACCACCACACUACUAUUACAUUGAUUUGGAGUGAAAUACCACUGGCACCUCCUAAAAGAAAAUAUGAAUAUGACUGAUAAUAUAUUAUGGAGCAUUCUUAUUUUUGUAUAUAAUAGAUCUCUGAUGUUGUCUCUAGUCAUAAUGAUGGUGGUGAAUAAGAAAGAUAAUUAGUCAUGCUUAUUUUACCUCUUGCCCUGUCACAUCCUAUGGGUCUGGUUUCUGUACAUGUUCACUACACAUAUACGCACAUUUCCAUUGCAACAACUCGUUUCAAAUUGAAAAUGCAUAAUGUUUUAAUACUUGGCUUUAUUAUUAUUAUUAUUAUUAUUAUUAUUAUUAUUUUGCUAAGAGAUGGUUUAGCCAUAGCAUUUAUGAUUUUUGAAUCCUUGCUAUGGCAACAUGGGAGAAACCUCCUUUUUAAAACAAAAGCCGCAGUCAAACCAAAGGCGAAUAAAAUUCACCCAGCGGAAAAGCCAAGUCACUGAACGGGAAAUGAUGUGGGACGGGAAAGGCUCAUUUGCUUCAAGUAGCGUUUACUCUCGUUCGUGCCAACUUUAUCUAGGUGAACCAUGAUCUGUGAAUUAAUGAACCUCUGUGUUGUGAGACAAAAAAGAAAAAAAGUGAGUGGGACUGUGUUUGGCCGAGCUGCUUUUUAAUGCAUAGCAGCCACACUGAACUUUCACCUGGCUCAUUUCUUAUUGCACAUCUGGAAAAAAAAAAGGUAGCUAGCUAAUGUUAUCCCUACAGCCUUUCCGAAAUCACAUGGCAUCAGGACUGCCUGUAAUCACCUGAUUCUGAAUCGCGGGUGAGAAAAAAAAGGGUGGCAGUGGCCCAACACCCAUCAGAACCAACACAGUGUUGAUGCCUGUGACUUGACAGUAUCAUGGGAUCAGCUGGUUUAUAUCCUACUAAAAAGAAAUUAAAAUAAAUUCACCGUAUGCAAAAAGGAGGAAAUGUGCUUGUGCAUUUCUGUAUCGACAGACAGCACAGGGGGAUUGUCAUGUGUAUCGCAUUUAAUAUAUUCUUUCAGUAUGUAGGCUAUCAUAUACGUCAUCAUUUUCAUUUGAUUAUUAUUUCAUUUUCCAAACUUAAUAAGGAAUAUAUAUUUUUGUAUUCCAUACCUUUUUAUCUACUGUUUCCAUCUCAGCACGGAACUACUAAUACUAGUCAGAAUUAACAUGACAUUUAUGGCUUCAUUGUGUAACUCUUCUAUACUCUUUUCAGAUAUUUGAUAUAUUUACUUUUCCCAUUGUGUAAAUUUUCAUUCCUCCUAGAAGGGUUUUAUUUUUCAUUAUUAACAAUGCUUUUAUAUUGUACCUACUUAUUGUCAAAUAUGCUGCAAUAAAUGCUAUUUUAUCACACUGAUGGUGCCAGUGUUUGCAAUUCCGUAGUUUAUUGGGAAGAACCUGAACAUCACUGGUGUGGUUUGAUGUUUUGUGCACAAAUCCUCAAAUCCUGGUCCAACUCAUGAGCGGAACCACUGCAAUCACAUCAAUCAGCGGUCCAGAGUUAAUUAUUUGCAAUUUGUCACAAAAGCAAAAUUUAGUCCAUCUUCCAUGGGAGCCGAGAAAUUCCUGAACGAAGUUCAUAUACACAAUAUCUUUAUGGAGAAAAAGAU